AGAGGGAGACUGAAACCCUUAACCGUGCCCGGCAACUCGUCUUCGGCAACGAGAGCCUCGCCGUCGCCGCCGUCGGCGCGCAGAUGAGUUUCAGGGAUGUAAAUAUGGCAGGUGCUGCCCCACCGACCGUACUCGGAGUCGGAGGGAACUUCCGGGGAGGCGCCGCCGGUGGCGGCAGCAUCGGCGACCUGUGCGUCCCGUUCCGGCCGGUGCUGUCGCCGCAGCCUUCGUACCAUUACCUCUACACGGCGCCAUCAACAUUGCACCCGAUGAGCUACCCGGCGACGUACCCUGGCCCACUGCGCCAGCCUGCUGUCGACGACUACAUCAUCGGCCACGCAGUCUCCGCCGGCGGGGACACACUAAUGCAAUCGACACACCGCGGCAGCUUCUCCUGCUUCGGAGCUCCACUCACCGCUCCGCCGGUGGCGGCAACGAACGUGCAGGCCGACAAAGUUAUCUGCAACUGCAGCUUCACUUGAAUGCCUCCGGCCGGCUCCACUUGAGCAGAUGCAUGUAGUUAAGUUAGUGUAAAGAGCCAAGAAUUUAAAUUAGAUGUUGCGUGUUUUGGACAUUAAAUACAGAAUGAAGUCUUCCGGGUUCUACUUCGAAGUAUAUGAUGUCUGCACUGGAUUUCUGGAUCCAAA